GAACGCCACACCACUAUAUAAAUAUUUUACAAAAUCCAAAACAACCCCUCAUCAAACAAUGAGCAAACCAGACAACUUUUUUCUCUCUCAAAGGCCAUUAAAAAAAACCAACCCUCUGAACGCCACACCACUAUAUAAACUGUGAAGUGUGUACAAUCCGAUCACAUAUAUCAGACACAUCGUUCAGCUCAUGAUCUUCCCUUAAGAUUAUUCCACUCCAACCCAACAUCUUCAUUUGCGUUAGGGUUUCAGACCCAUUUUUCAUUUACAAUUCAAUCCCACAACCACACUGAAGCAGUAAAAAGACGAAGAAAUGGCUUCAGGAAGCAGAGCAACUCAUACCCAUCAACACCAAGGUCAAGGUCAAGGUCAGUCUUCAGGUCCAAGUAAUGUUAGAGACUCAAUUAGCAGAGCCGUCGCUCAGUACACUGCCGAUGCUCGUCUUCACGCCGUGUACGAACAGUCCGGCGGGUCAGGUAAGUCGUUCGACUACUCACAGUCCAUUAGAACAACCCCACAGUCUGUUCCAGAACAACAAAUCACUGCUUACUUGUCCAAAAUUCAAAGAGGAGGGCAUAUUCAACCCUUCGGUGGUACGAUUGCCGUCGACGAGGUCACUUUUCGGGUCAUCGCUUUCAGUGAAAAUGCCCGAGAAUUGCUGGGUCUCACCCCGCAAUCGGUCCCGACUCUGGAGAAACCAGAGAUUCUCACAAUUGGGACCGAUGUCCGUACACUUUUUAGUUCUUCGAGCGCAGUUUUGCUUGAAAGGGCGUUUGUGUCACGCGAAAUCACUCUGUUGAACCCAGUUUGGAUACAUUCCAAGAAUUCUGGGAAGGCUUUCUAUGCAAUUUUGCAUAGAAUUGAUGUAGGGGUAGUGAUAGAUUUAGAGCCUGCAAGGACAGAGGACCCUGCCAUGUCUAUUGCUGGGGCUGUGCAAUCCCAGAAGCUGGCAGUGCGAGCAAUUUCAAAUUUGCAAGCACUUCCAGGCGGGGAUAUUCAGCUUUUGUGUGAUACUGUUGUUGUGAAUGUGAGGGAGCUUACUGGGUAUGAUCGGGUUAUGGUGUAUAAGUUUCAUGAGGAUGAGCAUGGUGAGGUUGUGGCCGAGAGCAGGAGACCAGAUUUGGAACCAUAUCUUGGUUUGCACUAUCCUGCCACUGAUAUUCCUCAAGCAUCGAGGUUUUUGUUUAAGCAGAGUCGGGUUAGGAUGAUUGUGGAUUGCAAUGCAACACCGGUUCGGGUGAUUCAGGAUGAAGCACUAAUGCAGCCUCUGUGUUUGGUUGGUUCAACACUUCGGGCUCCUCACGGUUGCCAUGCACAGUACAUGGCUAACAUGGGAUCAAUUGCCUCGUUAGCCAUGGCGGUUAUUAUUAAUGCAAAUGAUGAGGAAGGUGCUGGGGGUAGAAACUCAACGAGGCUUUGGGGUCUGGUUGUUUGCCAUCACACUUCUGCUCGGUGUAUUCCGUUCCCACUCCGUUAUGCUCUUGAGUUCCUAAUGCAGGCCUUUGGACUCCAAUUGAACAUGGAGUUGCAGUUGGCAACACAGUUACUGGAGAAACGCGUUUUAAGGACCCAAACCCUCUUGUGUGACAUGCUCCUUCGGGACUCUCCAAUGGGUAUUGUCGCUCAAAGCCCCAGUAUUAUGGACCUUGUGAAGUGUGAUGGGGCUGCUCUUUACUACCGAGGUAAGUAUUAUCCGUUAGGUGUGACCCCCAGUGAAGCCCAGAUAAAGGAUAUUGUGGAGUGGCUGUUGGCUUUCCAUGGGGAUUCGACUGGUUUGAGCACCGACAGUUUGGCUGAUGCAGGGUACCCUGGGGCAGCUUCACUUGGAGAUGCAGUUUGUGGGAUGGCUGUUGCUUAUAUCACUUCAAGAGAUUUCCUAUUCUGGUUCCGGUCCCACACAGCAAAAGAGAUCAGGUGGGGUGGUGCAAAGCAUCAUCCAGAGGACAAAGAUGAUGGGCUGAGGAUGCAUCCACGUACUUCAUUCAAAGCAUUUCUAGAAAUGGUUAAGAGCCGGAGUUUGCCAUGGGAAAAUGCGGAAAUGGAUGCAAUUCACUCAUUACAGCUUAUUCUGCGAGACUCAUUUAAAGAUGCCGAGGGAAGCAAUUCUAAGGCUGUAAUAGAUGCCCAGCUUGGGGAUUUGGAGGUGCAAGGGAUGGAUGAGCUCAGCUCGGUUGCAAGAGAGAUGGUUAGGUUGAUAGAGACUGCAACUGCUCCCAUAUUUGGUGUUGAUAUUAAUGGAAGCAUAAAUGGGUGGAAUGCGAAGGUCGCAGAGUUGACAGGCUUACCCAUUGAGGAAGCUAUGGGGAAGUCCUUGGUUCACGACCUUGUUCAUAAAGAGUCCGAAGAAACAGUCGACAAGCUUCUAAACCAUGCUUUAAAAGGUGAAGAAGACAAGAAUGUGGAAAUAAAGUUGAGGACAUUUGGCUCUGAACAAGAAAAGAAGGCUGUUUUUGUGGUGGUCAAUGCUUGCUCUAGCAAGGACUACACAAAUAAUAUAGUUGGGGUAUGCUUCGUCGGUCAGGAUGUUACUGGCCAGAAAGUGGUAAUGGACAAAUUUAUCCACAUACAAGGUGAUUACAAGGCUAUCGUACAUAGUCCCAACCCUCUGAUCCCACCUAUAUUUGCUUCAGAUGAGAACACAAUUUGCUCCGAGUGGAACACUGCCAUGGAAAAACUUACUGGAUGGACCAGAGGGGACAUAAUUGGGAAGAUGUUGGUUGGGGAGAUUUUUGGCAGUUGCUGUCGGCUCAAAGGCCCAGAUGCUUUGACAAAAUUCAUGAUUAGCUUGCACAAUGCUGUUGGAGGCCAGGAUACAGAAAAAUUCCCAUUUUCAUUCUUUGACCGAAAUGGAAAAUAUGUGCAAACUCUCUUGACAGCAAAUAAGAGGGUUAACAUGGACAGCCAUAUUAUUGGAGCCUUCUGUUUCCUGCAGAUUGCGAGUCCUGAAUUGCAGCAAACUUUGGAAGUCCAGCGGCAUCAGGAGAAGAAACACUUUGCGAGGAUGAAAGAGUUGGCUUACAUUUGCCAGGAAAUAAAGAAUCCUUUAAGUGGUAUACGCUUUACUAAUUCGCUUUUGGAGGCUACAGACUUGUCUGAAGAUCAAAAACAGUUUCUUGAGACAAGUGCUGCUUGCGAGAAGCAGAUGUUGAAGAUCAUAGCGGAUGUCGAUCUGGAGUGCAUUGAAGAUGGUUCAUUAGAGCUUGAGAAGGAUGAAUUUUUACUUGGGAGUGUCAUAGAUGCUGUUGUUAGCCAAGUAAUGAUAUUACUGAGAGAAAGAGGUCUGCAAUUGAUCCGAGAUAUUCCAGAAGAGAUCAAAACAUUGACUGUUUAUGGUGAUCAAGGUAGAAUUCAACAGGUAUUGGCCGAUUUCUUGUUGAAUAUGGUGCAUUACGCACCUUCUCCUGAAGGUUGGGUAGAGAUUCACGUUCAACCAAGAUUCAAGCAAAUUUCUGAUGGAAUAAGUAUUGUGCAUAUUGAAAUAAGGAUUGUAUGCCCCGGUGAAGGUCUUCCUCCUGAACUGGUUCAAGAUAUGUUUCAUGGCAGUCGAUGGGCGACUCAGGAAGGCCUAGGGCUGGGCAUGUGCAGGAAGAUCUUAAAGCUUAUGAAAGGUGAAGUCCAAUAUAUCAGAGAGUCAGAAAGAUGCUAUUUUCUUGUUAUCCUCGAACUUCCCACAACUCAAAGUAGCUCGAAGAGUGUUGGCUAGGUCCUCCUUAAAGUCAAACUGAGACAUCACUCCCGGUGUUUAUCUUCGGCACUUUUGCGGAUGGUUGCAUAAGAUGAAGUACAAAGUUUGCUACUUGUGUUAAAGCCUCCCAAGUCAGCAUUUGAGCCGGUUUAACUUUCGUUCACCCCUACCGGUUUGCCAACACCCUUUUGACGUUGUUCCAUUCAACAAUUGUGUCAAGUGAGUAGUUAAAUUUUGACCCAAGGUGUAUGUCUAAGAUUGCACUAAUGAGGUUACGUCUGAUGAUCGUCCAGAUCUUCAUAUCACAUACUUGUAUAUUUUAAAUGUAAUGUGUUCCUGAGCUCCAAAGAUAACUAUGUAACAGUUACUGCUUUGGAGAUAGUCCCUGAUGAGCCCUCUCUCCUAUUUUAUCAUUGUAAUAAAGUAAUAAACCUAUUAUCUUGAUCCA